AUGACAUCGCCUGGCUCUCCUGGCACUACUCUGGGGGAUCAAGAUGUUAAGAGGAGCCUUGGCAUGAGUGCCUUGUUGGCUGAGGUGCCCUAUGAUCAGUGGGUUCCACUUCCUGCCAACGGUUGGCGGCCAUCAGCCCGCUACAAGGUGUUUUUAGGGAUGUUUUUAAUAUAUAAAAAUGUUCACCGCUCUAUGUAUAAAGUUUGAAAUAAUCUCAAAAUGUCCUGAUUUUAAAUUGUCUUUAUAGUUUCUGAAGAAAAGUGUUCUUCGUGCAUCUUGAAUGUCACGUACCAUCUCCACGAUCACAUAGUACCAUUUUCAUGAUUGUCUUGAGUUUUUUAUAUCUAAAGUUCUAUCCUUUAAAUGUCUUAGCAUGCUGCAGAAGUGGUGGAUGGAAAGCUGUAUAUCAUGGGCGGAAGUCGUAAUGGUCGAUAUCUAGCAGACAUUCAGGUUGAAGCUUGAUGGUUACCAUUGUCAAUGUUAAACUUGAUCUGAAGGCUGUUCACAUUUUGGCCAUUUGACAGGUUUUUGACCUUGUAACUUUGACAUGGUCUGCUGUCAAACCAAAUCGAGAUUCAACUAAUGGAUUGGAAGAGGCAGUACCAGCCUGUUCUGGCCAUAGAUUGGUGAGGUCUAUGAGCAUAGGUCCUGUCAUAUCCUAUUGUGAUUUUCCAUUAAUCUCAUCUGAAGUUCUAUUGUUUUCCUUCUGCAGAUUUCCUGGGAAACUAAGCUUCUAAUUGUCGCUGGACAUUCAAAGGAACAUUCUGAUACAGUUAAAGGUCUUUUUAAGAUAGAAAUUUAUUUAUUUUUCGCUGUUCCUUCAGAGAAUGCCCAUAUUUAUCCAUGGAGAUAUCUAAAUAUAACAUUUUUUAAUAUAGUUCUCUGUUUAGUGCAUAAGAAGGUUGUUCAAAUUUUACACGAGCACAGAGUUCGUGAUUUGUGGGUCAUGCAUUGUAAUUCAUGUAGACACGUAUCUGUCCUUGCAUGUUUCCAUCCUGUGGAUUCUAUUGAUUUCAUAUCUAAUUUUUGGAUUAUGCGCAGUUUGGUCGAUUGAUCUGGGAACACAGAACUGUAACAUUAUUGAGACACAUGGAAAAGUUCCAGUAAGAUCAUAUGUUAAUGUUUCGAGACUAUUUAUAUAUGUUUUAUUCUAAAGUUGAUUCAUCAAUCAUUUUAUUUGUAUUGUGUAAUUUGUGAUGAAUCAAUUGCAUAGAUUUUCCUCGUUAACUAUGUAUAACCAGGGAUCCUCUAUGAUCUCUUUUCAGAGUGCUCGAGGAGGUCAGUCAGUGACCUUGGUUGGGUCUAAAUUGGUAAUGUUUGGUGGUGAAGUCAGACGCAAUCACCUACUGAAUGAUCUUCAUGUUCUUGAUCUGGAAACAAUGACUUGGGAUGUAGUUCAGGCUGUGUAAGGGUCUCCUUCCACAGACAUUCUGCUUCCAGAGAUUAUGAAUGUUACUUCCCUAAAACACUUUAUUUCCACUGCAAUUGUAGGCAUAAGUCUCCUGCACCAAGAUUCGAUCACACAGCUGUAGUUCAUGCAGACCGCUAUCUUAUGAUCUUUGGUGGUGGUUCGCAUUCAGCCUGUUUCAAUGAUCUUCAUGUUCUUGAUUUGCAGACUGUAAGUCCAAUUUAGUACUUUGUUGUUUCUAAUUUAUAAUCAUGAUAUUGAAAGCCGUGAUCCACAGUGAACCAAUGUGACGAAUGUUUCACAUAUGUUCUGAAAACAAAAUUUUCUCCAGUUAUUUUUUUUUUCCAUUUGAUUAACGAUUCUGUUUUUUAUGCAUGAAUAUCUUUUACUCGGACAUUUGUGGUGCCCCAUAUGAUGAGGAGAAAAUAACUUCUCAUGAAGCAUGGGGAAUAAGUUCAGAUUCCCUAAUGCAUUCCUACAAUUAUCUGGCAUAAUCUUAUUGUUGUGUCUUCAAAUUACAUUGCAGAUGGAGUGGUCUGAACCACAGACUCAGGGUGAGGUUGUGACUCCCAGGGCAGGUCACGCUGGAACUGCAAUAGAAGAUAUGUGGUAUAUAGUUGGUGGUGGAGAUAAUAAAAGCGGUCGGUUGAGACAUUAAUUAUUGAUUUUUAUUGGUGAAUUUUCAUUAUACUUAGAAAUUUUAGUCAGUUUUUCUUGUGCUGUAAUCUGUGACCUUGUCCUCUGAUAGGUGCCUGUGAAACUAUGAAGUUAAACAUGACUAAUCUUGUGUGGUCAGUGGCAACAAGUGUGCAGGAACGCGAUCCACUUGCAAGCGAGGUUUUUCCUCUCUCAUAAUUUCUUAUUUCUUAUUUUGAACUAUAAAUUUAUGUGGACGACCUUAAUGCAGGUUAGAUUCUGCGAGUACUUUUGGGAACUAUCACAUUUAAGAAUCAUUAAUCAAGAGAGCAUUAAAACAAAAUCUUUUUUUAUUUACUGAUUUAAAAAAAUCUAAAUUCCUCUCCACCAAUAUCUUCCUUUUCCUUUGAGCCUUAGAUGAUCCCAACGCUCUUACUGUGACCUCAUCCAGCAUAACUGUCUGUGGAGCAAAUGCACUUUUGACCUCGUUGUUGUCCUAAAUUAUUAAUUACUAAGAUUUACAAACCUGAAUGAACUGGACAAGUCUGAAUUCCUCGCUGACGAAUCUCAGUCGUCGGGUAUCGAGUGUCUUACAGGACUGUUGUCCAGCUUGACUGAACUAUAGGCUGUGAUUGACUCUCUCUAAGGUUCAUCAACAAUGCCAGUAGUGAUCGACACUUUUUCUCUUUCGAUAUGGUUUCUCUAAUUCUUUACUCUGUCAUUCAACCUUCCACCUAUUUGGAGCAUUUGAACCCUUCCAUUGCACCAUUCAAUUUUUUCUUUAUUAUCCAAAUUUUCGUUUAUUUCUAUCUUGAAGACUAUGAUGGGGCCAUGACUCUGUAAGCGUUACUUGUCAGGGCGUCAGUAUUUGCUCGACAACAGUUGAUGGGCUCAAAAUUCUAGUUGCCUUUGGCGGCUACAAUGGGAAAUACCACAAUGAGGUUUGUAACAUUAACACACUCUUCGAAACAUAUCUUUGGAGAUUUACCUCCAAAAACCGAUGUUAACUCUUUGUCAUACUGGAAUUUUGACAGGUGUUCGUCCUGAAAUGCAAAGUCAGCCCUUCAAAGCAGCCUCGGAUUCUCCAGUCACCUGCUGCUGCCGCUGCGGCAGCUUCAGUCAGUGCAGCUUAUGCCUUGGCCAGUGCAGCCGAGAGCAGCAGGUUGGAAGCUGCACUAGCAGAAGGCAAGAACAUCAGCCAGCCAGCCCCCAUCGUCGACCCCACUCUGCAGGUUGCCGGGAAGAUAGAAACCGUUGCCGCAGAGAAGAAGGACCUCGAAUCCAAGCUCGCUGAAGUGAGAGCUGACAAUUUGAGACUCAAGGGCAACCUUGAAGAGACGUCCAAUUUACACAGUGAGCUAUCAACGGUAAAGAUCUCGCUUAAGGAAUAGGGUGGAAGAAAUCUCUUUGAUCCAUUUGAUACCCCCGCCUGAUUGUUCAUCUUGUUCUCCAAUGAAGGAGCUUCAAUCUGUCCAAGGCCAGCUGCAGGCUGAAAUAUCAAGAUGCUCCAAGCUAGAGGUCUUCAUCUCUCAUACACGUUUACACACACACAUACAUACACAUACACACACAUCCCUAUAUUAAUGUGCACAUUUCUUGGCCUCUUUUUGCUGAUUCUAUUACUGUAUGUCUUCCCCGCUUCGCAGCUCCAAAUCGCGGAGAUACAGAAGAGGCUGGGAGUCCUUCCUUCGGUGGAGCUCGAGCUGGAAGCCCUUCGUCAGCAGAAGCCCUCAUGGCAGAGCGACUCGGUUGACGAUCAGAAGCAGAGCUCCCCCGGGAUCUGGCAAUGGGUGACCGGGAGUACCUGA